UUAGUGCAAAAAAAUGUUACGUAUUCUCUUCUCAAAUACUAAGUGUACUGUAAUCGAUUUUUAACAUUUUGAAUAUUGGGUUUUGGUGAAUUUUCGCCUCAUUGUUGGAAUCAUUAGAGACUUUAAUUUAUAAUUUACUUAAUUCUAAUAAGUUUUAUUUCACCUUGUUUCGAAAUUGUGGAACCGCUCAUACUUGAAUCUUGUUUUCCAUCGUAAUCUUGUCUGAUUCUUUAGAAUAGAUGUUCUGACGUUGUUGGUGAAUUUACGUGAAUCCCAUAUGAUAUAGCACUAGCAGGCAUAUUGGCAAUAUAUACCUACGGUACCGUACUACUACUGGUGAGACGUAUCGAAAAUGUUUGUUGUUGUUGCAUUAUUAACGUUGACAUCGACAUUGACUUAACAAAGAUGCAUGAAAAGAUGGAAGACGGCAAUGAAGAUGUAUGUAGAGUAUGCAGGUCAGAAGGUGGCCAUGAGCGACCUCUAUUUCAUCCAUGUAUUUGCACUGGUAGUAUUCGCUACAUACAUCAAGAUUGUCUGGUGCAAUGGCUAAAACACAGCAAGAAGGAAUAUUGUGAGCUAUGUAUGCACAAGUUCACUUUUGCCCCAAUAUACUCUCCCGACAUGCCCCCUCGCUUGCCCCUCCGUGACAUUGUAUGGGGUCUUGUAAGGAACUUUGGUACAGCUGUACUCUGUUGGAUCCACUAUACCAUGGUCAUCUUUGCUUGGCUUGGCAUUGUUCCUGUUACAGCAAGUCGUAUAUAUGGCUGCCUCUUCAAUACAUCCCUUGCUCCUGUCUUGUCCUUGCCAUUUGAUAUCUUCUCUUUGGAGAAGAUGGCUACAGACAUCCUACAAGGUUGCUUUGUGGUUGGUUGUACACUAUGUGCCCUGAUCAGUUUGGUUCUCCUAAGAGAGCAGGUGGCCCAUGGAGGUGGGCCAGAAUGGCUGGAGGAUCCUGGAGGAGAACAUGCAGCAGGAGGAGGAGGGGUUGGAGCUGGACAAGGAGGAGCUGUGGCUGAAGGAGUGCUAGAGAGGGCACUGAGAGGGUUUGCUAAUAACCCUGGUCAAGCUGCACAGAAUCAACAGAAUAAUGGUGGUGUGAGGCAGAGACAAGAAGGAGCAGCAAACCACCAAGCAAGACAGAAUGUACGAAUAGCAGAAGCUGGACAAAGACCGAAUGAAGGAGAACAAGAUGGAGUGAUGGAUGGAGGAGCAGGAGGAGGGGGGCAGGAAGCACCAGAUCAACCUGAGCAACCUGCUAAUAAUCAAGCAGAAGAUAAUGCAGGUCAUGAUGAUAUUAACUGGAAUGCUCUUGAAUGGGAUCGAGCAGCUGAAGCAUUGACUUGGGAGGAGCUCCUUGGAUUGGAUGGCUCAUUAGUAUUCUUAGAGCAUGUAUACUGGGUCACAGUGCUCAAUGCACUUUUCAUCUUUCUAUUUGCAUUCUGCCCAUAUCACAUUGGAGGAUUAAGCACUCUUGUAUUAGGCUGGCAGGAUAUCAUUAAGAAGACUCACUUUGAAGGCCUCAUCACAACCAUGCUGGGAUACAUCUGUCUUGCUGCUCUACUUGUUCUCUUUCAUAGUUGCAGCAGAUUGUUGAAAUUUUUCCAAGCAGGUCGUCUCUUUGGUCUGUGCUAUGUUGUAUUGAAGGUCUUUCUACUGGUAGUCCUAGAAAUAGGGGUUUUCCCUCUUAUCUGUGGCUGGUGGUUAGAUAUCUGUUCACUGUCCUUAUUUGAUGUUACCAUUCAAGAAAGACUCCAAGGUUUCAACUCCGCCCCUGGUACAGCGACCUUCUUGCACUGGCUUGUAGGCAUGGCAUAUGUCUUUUACUUUGCAUCCUUCAUUCUGCUACUCAGGGAGGUUCUCAGACCUGGAGUUCUUUGGUUUCUAAGGAACCUCAAUGAUCCUGACUUCAACCCAAUCCAAGAGAUGAUCCAUCUACCUAUCUACCGCCAUGCCCGACGUUUCAUCCUCUCCAUUAUCGUCUUUGGAUCGGUGGUUCUCCUUAUGGUGUGGUUACCAAUCACUAUCAUCAAACACCUAGUCCCAUCGUUCCUCCCGUAUCAUAUGCAUUUGUCUGGAGACACGGCUGUGACAGAAUUAUCCCUGGAACUCCUCCUGCUUCAGGUUGUAUUACCAGCAUUAUUAGAACAAGGACACACUAGGAUGUGGCUGAAGAACCUGAUCAGAUACUGGACAAUCAUGGCAGCUUAUCUUCUGGACUUACGGUCAUACUUAUUAGGAGAUGUACCUGUCGCUGGAGAGGCCGGUGAAGAUGGAGAGAGAGCAGAUGGAGAAGAAGUAGAUAAUAACACUGAACAGGAACAUGUGCAAGCUCAAGAUAUAGAGGAUGUUGAUAAUGGUGAUGAAGACACAGAAAAUGAUACAGAUCAUCAAAGGAGGACUACUCAAGAAAUAGAUGCAAAUAGUGAAUUUUUAGAUGGUGAGAGGAAUGACUCUUUGCAACCUGUUGAACAACUUGCCACAUUGAUGGAAAACUUAAACCGUGGAAAGAGGGUUUUAACGCCUGACAAUAGCGGAGCCGAGGCCAGCGUGAACGAAUCUUUUGAGGCGUUGGAAGGUCCGUCGGGAAGCGAUUUUGAGGCAAGAAACAGUCUCCCAUAUCUUCAGCUGAGACGUGAGCAUCAAGACAGUGACGUGGAGAUGAGGGAAGAGGAGAGGGAUGCAGAAACCAUGGCAACAGAUCAAGAGAAUGAGGAUGAUGCAGUGGAAGCGGGAGAUGCCGAAGAAGAGGAGGAGGAAGAAGUUGAAGAAGAAGGUGUUGAUGAAGUAGUUCAUGUGAUGGAUCAGGAGGAAGUGGUAGACUUUGGAGCAGGACUGCAUGCAGCGCAUCAUGCUAUGCUUAAUAACAGACAACCAACUCACUUUGAGCCCUAUAAUAGACCAAACAUCUUCCAUUUUAGGGUCAUUCUAUUAGUAGUCCUUCUGUGCCUGACGCUUCUGCUUUCUAGCCUUGUAUGCAUGACCGUACCAGUAUUUAUUGGUCGUCAUGUGAUGGGUCUAUGGAUGGGUCAGGGUGCUGUGGUACAUGAGCUCUAUACUGGUGCUUGUGGGCUUUAUAUCUGUUGGCUGGUACUAAGACUAGGAUCUGUCAUGAUGACGUGGGUACCGCAGGGAGUGGAGCUGUUUCUGGUGAAAGUCCAAGAAUAUGCAAUACUGGGUUGGAAGUCUGUUGUGGUUGCUAGUAUGUUGCUUGGUGUGGUUCCACUGCUCUUGGGUGUAUUGUUUGAGUUAGUGGUUGUCAUCCCUCAGAGAGUUCAGAUGGAUCAAACACCGGUAUUCUUCUUGAGACAGGAUUGGGCAUUGGGUGUCCUUCAAGCCAAGAUCUUAUGUGCCCUGACCAUGAUGGGUCCGAGCUGGUGGCUUAAAGAUGUCUUAGAACAGGUCUAUCAGGAUGGUCUAAGGCAACUCAAUCUGACCUUCAUCACACGUCGUCUAGCUCUGCCAGUCACAAUCUGCCUUCUAGUGGCCCUCACUGCUCCUUACUCUUUUGCUGUUGGCAUUUUUCCUUUCUUCGGUUUUAGUGAAGAGAUCAAUCAUCAGAUGGCUAGGCGUAUCUAUCCCCUCAUCGUCUCUGUAGUUGUUGGAGUUUCUCUGGUUGUAUUCCAGGCUAAGCAAUUCAAGAAACUCUAUGAACACAUAAAGAAUGAUAAAUACCUUGUUGGACAACAGUUGGUGAAUUACGAACCCAAGUCUGUCCGGGACAAUGCUACUCAGACAGCAGAAAGCUGAACAUGUAUGGGAGAUUCCUUGAUACCACUGCAGAUACAUUGGAUCUCUGAGUCAUGUAGUAAAUGGCUAUGAAAUGUAUUGUACAUGGUCAUUCAUUCAAUUAAUACAUGAACAUUGUGUGUUAUGAGACUGUCCUAUUUCUACAGGGACAGUUGUAAUCUCAUGGAUUUCUUGAUCUUUAAUGAACUUUGACAUUCUACCAUACAGCUUAUUAGAAUAAUACAAUUUGCAUUUUAUAUCAUUAAUUGAAUUGGAUUUUGUGCUAUCUCAUGCAAAAGCUUACCAACAAUGAAAUCAGUAUUGAAUUUGAUUAGAACUGAAUGAAAAUUAUGAGGAUGGUAGUUUUGCUUGACUUUACAUUUGCUAUUUUUGCAUGAUGCCUUGUACCAUCUAUGUAUUAUUUCAUUUAUUUCUUCAAUCUAAUAUGGUUGUUUUAUCUACAUUUUAUUUUGGAUUUGCAAUUGCACAUGGUGUAUUAAGAGCAUGUUAAGUUUCACUGUGCAGUCUGUCUAUUUCUAAUGAGAUCCUAGGAGCUCCAUCAACCUGUUGACAGAUCCACUGAAGAACUAUUGAGAGAAUAUUCUAGAUAUUAUUUGAGUGUGGAAAAGACCCACAAUGAACAACAACAUCAUUUUUAUUGUUAGCACACAUUCUUGUCAUUCAUAAGUAGUCGUUGACUUUAAUACUUGUAUGAAGUAAAAUCAUAAAAGCAAGUAUUAAAAGUAGUAUUACUAAUUUAAGUUUUCUUGCACUUGUGGGUUAGCAUUUUAUCAUAUUGUACUUUCUCAAUAUAUAAAAUCCAGUACAAUAUUUCUAAAAGCAUAAGACUAAAUUUACCAAAGAAAGUUAUAAAUUGUUUGAAAUUAUUUGGAAUUUUAAAGACACCAUUUGAAAAUAUCAACAAUUUCUUUGAUUUUGAUAGUGCAUAUUAUGUACUUUUUAGCCUUUUUGUCUAUAUUCCAAGUAGUUAUAACUUGAAUAUUGUGAAUGUUUCAUAGUAAAAGUCAAGUAUUCUUCAUUGAUGUGUCAGCACAUACACAAAAUAGCAUUGACUAAGUACGUGUUUAUGUAGACCAUGGUUUAAAUUUGGCUAAUAUAUAAAUGGCAGUUUGAAUUUAUUUUGGAAUAAAGAGGAAUUCUUGUUAUAUUUUUAUUGUAUAUGUUGUAAUAGUUUACAGCUACUCAAGUGUGUCAAAUAAAAUAUGAAGAUGUUAACAUGUACAGUAUUUCAUUAAUAGGGUUACUGACUAUUUAUAAUUCAUAUUAAAAAAAAUGAUGCAGAAAGCCUGUAAAACAGUAUUGUUAUUUUCUUAGAACAUGAAGGAAAAUAUAGUUUGAUGAUAUAUGUGCUGGUACUCUUAAUUAAGAUUUUUGUUGAAUGUACAGGAUUAAAUACUUAUAUGCUUUGUUAGUGACAAUACUCAAAACCAUAUUUAUUAGAAAUACUGGUUGUUGAGCAUGUAUAUAGGUAUUGGGGAUAUAACUUUAAUAUAUAUAUAUAUAUGCAGAGCUGUCAAUUGGUUGGAUUUCAUUAUAUUUAGUAGGAUUUUCAAGGGGAAAGUGACACUAAAUAGGAUUUCCCCUAUAUAUGUAGGAUUUAUUAAACUUGUAAGAAUUAUAUUUUUUGGAAUGUUUUUAAUUAUUUUAAAGAAAAAUAUGAUUUUAGGCCUGAAAGUUGGAUUUUUUCACAAUUAAGGUUGGCAGCUCUGAAUAAGUUAAUCUUCCAAGAUGUUAUAUUGUUAACAUGUUAGGAAAGAAUCCACUAGAUCAUACGUUGUUUGUUCACACGUAUAGAAAGAAUACCCAAAGUAAUUUGUAUGAUUUAAUUCUGAACGAUUAUUGCUCCAGAUCUUGGCUGCUAAAUUCAUUGAUCACUGUUCAUCGUAACAGCGAAUCCUUAGAAAUCAGUAAAAUCUUUUUUAUAUGAAUAUAAUAGAUAAUGCCCAAAAAAGCUUGCAUGAUUUAUAUUAUCUUAUAUUUUCUUAUGCAUGAGUGUAGAUAAAUCUCCUCUUUUCUUCUGUAUGACCUGGUUUAAGUUUGUGUAAUGAAAUAAGCUGCUUACACACAGCUUAGUGUUUAAUCCUUUGUUGUGCACAUACUGUUCAUUUGCAAGAAAAAAUAAUGCAAAAAAAUAGUUGCUGUAUUUGCAAGUUGAGACUAAUACAGUAAAAUGGGUUCUUCUCACAUAAUGGCCAUCAUUUAAAUGUAUUAUUGAUUUGUUGAACCUCCUACAUGGGCCUUUUAAAAUCUUUUGGAUAAAAUAUCAUUUAGAUAAUAAAUGGCAGUUUGAAUUUGUUUCAUCAUGCUUCAAGCUCAAUCUGUUGUAUACAUCACAUAAGUGCUUGAAUCAUUUUUUACAGAGAAUAUUGCAUCAUUGAUGACAAUACAAGUUAUUGAUAUAAAAAAACAUGUUAUAUUGAAUUAUAUUUCACGUACCUGGUACUGAGGUUUGCUGUCCAGUUGGUAAAGAGAAAUUAUGUGAUUGAAUUAGAAUUAUACCUGAUUAUUUUUAUUGGAGUGAUGAGCUCAUGAUUUGGCAGAUGCUGGUACUGUAGUAGACUUGAUAUUAUUAUUAUUGUACUUUGGUUCAUCACUCACUGGGUGGUAUUUUCUUAUAUAUGUAGCUAUUGUCAAUAUUUGGAAUAUAUGAUAGGUUUUUCCACUAUGAACUUUCUUCAGGUAAAUUAGUGUACA